AUGUCGGCUCCACCACCUGUCGCCGGUGUCGAGGAUUCGGCUGACCGAAAUGUCGAAAUGUGGAAGAUUAAGCGACUUAUAAAAAGUCUAGAGCUUGCAAGAGGAAAUGGCACCUCUAUGAUUUCACUGAUCAUUCCACCGCGAGAUCAGAUCGCUCGAGUUCAAAAGAUGCUGGCUGAUGAGUAUGGUACAGCAUCGAAUAUCAAGUCGCGAGUGAACAGGCUGUCUGUGCUCGGAGCUAUUACUUCAGUACAAGGCCGUCUGAAAUUGUACAGCAAAGUGCCUCCGAAUGGACUCGUCGUGUACUGUGGUACCAUUGUCACUGAUGAGGGCAAGGAGAAGAAAGUGAACAUAGAUUUUGAACCUUUCAAACCCAUCAACACCUCACUUUAUCUGUGUGACAACAAAUUUCAUACAGAAGCUCUUCAAGGCCUUCUCGCCGACGAUAACAAGUUUGGAUUCAUCAUCAUGGAUGGAAAUGGAACUUUGUUCGGGACAUUGCAAGGGAAUACUCGAGAAGUGCUUCACAAAUUCACAGUAGAUUUGCCGAAGAAACACGGAAGAGGAGGACAGUCUGCUUUGCGGUUUGCUCGACUACGUAUGGAAAAGCGACACAAUUAUGUGCGAAAAGUGGCUGAAUGUGCGGUAGAAAUGUUUAUUAAGAACGAUAAGGUUAUGGUUGCUGGUUUGAUUUUGGCUGGAAGUGCUGAUUUUAAAACUGAGCUCGGUCAAUCCGACAUGUUUGAUCAGCGGCUUCAAGCAAAGAUGGUCAAGACUGUGGAUAUUUCGUAUGGAGGUGAAAAUGGAUUUAAUCAGGCGAUUGAACUUGCUGCGGAUGCCCUUGCGAAUGUCAAGUUUAUACAGGAGAAGAAAUUGAUCGGAGGCUAUUUUGAUGAGAUCAGUCAGGAUACUGGCAAAUACGUUUUCGGAGUGAAGGAUACGUUACAAGCGCUGGAGAUGGGCGCAGUGGAGACUCUUAUCUGUUGGGAAAACCUCGACAUUAUUCGAUACAGGUUGAAAAAUUCAGCUGGAGAGGAAAAAGUUCUUAAUCUGAGGCCGGAUGAGGAACGUGAUAAAUCACACUUUACGGAUAAGGAAACUGGGCAGGAUAUGGAAAUAGUGGAGACAAUGCCACUACUGGAAUGGUUUGCCAACAACUACAAGAACUUUGGCGCUACUCUUGAAAUUGUAACCGACAAGUCACAAGAAGGAGCACAGUUCGUGCGAGGAUUCGGAGGAAUCGGAGGUCUCCUGCGUUAUCGGGUGGACUUAAUGAAUGAUAUGCCCGAUGUGUCGCUCUGCCGCCGUAUGAAAUCUGCCGUCCGCCAAAAAGGAGCCGACGGCGUCAGGACGCAGCCUGUCGAGCUGUGCGCUUCUAGUACGUCAACGACUGCGCCAGCAGAGCUAUCCACAAAUGUUCCAACUACUGGCCAGGGUUCGAGGUGGGAUGUUCUGGUCGAUAUCUUCGGGCCUACACCAUUCUGCUCGGUUGUGCGUAACAUCACCCUCCUCGCUGUUGAGUCCUUCGUUUCGUCUGAAGAUGCCGUUGAGCGGCUUUCAUCGCCGAUUUUUCGAGAGGAUUUUUUUCCUCAUUUGUCAUUUGGGACAACUGCUCAGUCCUUGUGGUCGUUACUGAGUACAACAAAUCUGCGAGUGUCUUUUCAGAAUCCCGUGACGUUAGUGGAUGAAGAGACCAAGUACCCUCUGCCAUUAGUGGAAAAGAUCGAAGUCAGCCAUGAUACGCGCAAAUUCCGUUUCCGGCUUCCUUCAGAAAAGCAUGUGCUUGGUCUUCCAGUAGGCCAGCACGUUUAUCUGAGCGCUAAAGUAUACUUCCGUGGUGUACAUCCAAAGUUUCCAGAUGGUGGUAAAAUGAGCCAGUAUUUGGAGCAGAUGAAAAUUGGUGACACGAUUGACUUCCGUGGACCAUCAGGGCUAAUUGUUUAUAAGGGCAAAGGGAAGUUUGCAAUAAGACCAGACAAGAAGUCACCACCCAAGGAACGCGUUUUCAAGAAGAUAUCAAUGAUUGCUGGCGGAACCGGCAUCACUCCGAUGUUACAGGCUAAUCAUUCUCAGGCCAAUCUCUUAAAGACCCUGAGUAUAAACCGCAAGAUCAGUCUUAUUAUUCGCCACCAGGCGGAAAGACGAUUAUUUUGUUGCAGGAAAGAGCUGGACGAGUUGGCUGCCAAGCACAGCGAUAUGUUCAAGGUGUGGUAUACAGUUGAUCGUCCCCCAGCCGUUUGGAAUUAUUCUACAGGAUUUAUCAAUGAUGCAAUGAUCAAGGAGCAUCUCCCAGCUCCUGCGCAGAAGAUACAGCAGUUCUGA